AUGGACACGAAAACUAUAGGAGUAUUGGGAGGAGGUCAGUUAGGUCGAAUGCUUGUUGAGGCUGCUUCCCGCUUAAAUAUUGGGGUUGUUAUUCUUGAUAAUCCAGAAGACGCGCCUGCAAAACAAAUACAGGCCACUCAUCCUCAUAUCUCGGGAGACUUUAAAGAUCCCGAAAAAAUAAAGGAACUUGCCAAAUCCGUUGAUAUAUUAACCAUAGAAAUUGAGCAUGUCAAUGCAAAUGCCUUAGAAGAAAUAAGAAAAGAAACGAACAUUGCCAUUCACCCUUCACCUUUAUCUAUUAGUCUAAUUCAAGAUAAAUACGCUCAAAAAGUACAUUUAUCAAAAUAUAAUGUUCCUGUUAUUGGUUUUAUUGAGGUACCAACAAAGGAGCACAUUUACGAUGCUGCGCAAAAAUUUGGUUAUCCAUUGAUGUUGAAGUCAAAAACAAUGGCCUAUGACGGUCGCGGGAAUUAUGUUCUUAAAUCUGAGAAUGAUAUUGAUCAGGCGAUAAAGUUCCUCGGGAACUUUAAGAUGCCAUUAUAUGCGGAAAAAUGGGCUCCAUUCAAAAAAGAAUUAGCUGUAAUGGUGAUUAAAAGUAUAAACGAACAACUAGAAAGUUAUCCAAUUGUUGAGACAAUUCAUAAAGAUAAUAUUUGUCAUCUGGUGAUUGCACCUGCGCAAGUUGAUAGUGUUGUAUUAGAUGAAGCAAAGAAAGUGGCAGUGAGGAAAAUAUUUGUUAAUGAGAUUGCCCCCAGGCCUCACAAUUCAGGACAUUAUACAAUAGAGGCAUGUGAAACAUCACAAUAUGAAAACCACCUUCGUGCAAUUUUGAAUUUACCCUUGGGAAGUACAGCUCUCAAGGUACCUGUAUCAGCAAUGGUUAAUAUUCUUGGGCUCUCAUCCGAUCUAGAAGAAACUUUACGCUCAGCUGUAAUCGCUCUCACAAUCCCAGGGGCUACUGUUCAUCUUUACGGGAAAAAAGAAUGUAGAAAAGGUAGAAAGAUGGGACAUAUUACCGUAGUCGCAAAUUCCAUUCCUGAACUUUAUAAACGUAUAACACCAAUAAUACGAGCUAUUGAUAAAAAUGAAGCACCACCUUCCAGUAUACAACCUCUUGUCGGAAUAAUAAUGGGCUCUGAUUCAGAUUUACCGGUUAUGAAGGAUUGUGCCGUAAUUUUGAAAUUAUUUCAAGUACCUUUCGAAAUUUCAAUUGUAUCAGCUCAUCGAACUCCUGAUCGUAUGAAAGAAUACGCAGAAAAUGCACAUAAAAGAGGUUUAAAAGUUAUUGUAGCUGGUGCUGGUGGUGCAGCUCAUUUACCGGGCAUGGUUGCCGCUUACACGCCAUUACCUGUAAUUGGGGUUCCCGUGAAAGGAAAGGUUUUGGAUGGUGUUGAUUCAGUACACAGUAUUCUUCAAAUGCCAGGUGGUAUACCUGUUGCAACUGUUGCGAUCAAUAACUCGAAAAAUGCUGGAUUACUGGCGGUUCGGCAACUUGGUGCUUUCAUUCCUGAAUUUGCUGAGAAAAUGACAGAAUUUCUAAAAAAACAAGGGGACGAAGUGAAAACCAAAGAUAAGCGAUUACAAGAAGUAGGUUGGGAAAAUUAUUGA